UAUAAAUACAGCAGCGCGCGCGGUUCACUUCACAGUCUGUCGCGCGCUCUGCGUAUUUGAUCUACUUUAUACACAUUUGCAUGAUGUUUUCUCAGACAAUGAAGACCACAAUGCCAUUAACACUACUGAACAUCAAUAUUUAGACUGCACAGACACUUUUAGUCGUACUGGAAUAAGUUGUUUUUUUUUAACCGGGAAAAAGUAAGAAGAGUCCGGACUAAACGGAUGAUGGGAGUCUGAUAUCGCCUUUCGAUUCUCAAGGACUGUUUCAAGGCCUUUUUUUUUUUUUCUCGGGGGGGAAAAGAUAUAAAAUGAAGAUUUUCAGAUGUAUAUCUCUAAGCUCAAUGGUGCUCAUCCCAUAGCCUGGAGAUGUUAGCCGUCCAACACUACAACAGUUCAGCCCUGGAUGUGAAUGAAGGGUUCAGCAAUCAGACCCAGCAGGUGCCUGGAGAGGCACUGGUGUGCUACAAGGAAAACCUGAACAACACAACCGACCCCACGGUAGCGGGCCUGUCCAUGACCCUGGGCAUCGUGUCCAACAUCGUAGCACUGAUCAUCCUGGCUAAAGCAUAUGCUCGUCUGCGGAAGCGCUCCAAAGCCACGUUCCUGCUGUUCGCCAGCUCUCUGGUGGCUACGGACCUUGUCGGUCAUGUUAUUCCAGGGGCCCUGGUUCUGCAUCUCUACAUGUCUGGCACCGCCGGAGGACUUUGUUACCAACCCGAUGCCACCUGCCAUUUCCUGGGCGGCAGCAUGGUGUUCUUCGGUCUGUGCCCACUGUUUCUGGGGUGCGUCAUGGCGGCGGAGCGGUGCAUGGGUGUAACACGGCCUCUCCUGCACGCCCGCGUGAUUUGCAUGGCCCACACCAAGAUGGUGCUGAUGAUGAUAUGGCUGUUGGCUUUAUCUGUAGCGCUGCUGCCCUUCUUUCAGCUGGGCACAUACACCUACCAGUUUCCGUGCACCUGGUGCUUCAUAAACGUGUUAGACAAUACCAGCAUCACAGACGUGAUAUUUGUGCUGCUGUUUUCUGGACUGGGACUGGCUGCGCUGGCCGUGGCAAUGGUUUGCAACACCAUCAGCGGGGUGACGCUGGUGAUCGCCCGUCUGCGCAGGAAGAAGUGCCACCACAGAUCGGCUAAAUCACAUGACAUUGAGAUGGUGGUGCAGCUGGUGGGCAUUAUGGUCACUUCUUGCAUCUGCUGGAGCCCUCUGCUGAUCUUUGGUCUGAUGUCAGUCAUCCGCUCGUACAGCUGGGGGAUGAUUGGGGAUGAUCUGAAAAACUAUAGGACUUUAAUGGUAAUGGGAGUGCGUCUGGCCUCCUGGAACCAGAUUCUGGACCCCUGGGUCUAUAUCCUACUACGCCGGGCUGUCCUUAGAAAGAUCUACCGCAUAACCACCGGCCGCAGUGACCUUAGAGGGAGCACAUUCCGGCGGUGGGAGAUCAGCUCCCUCCAGAACUCAAUGAAAAGCGUAAUUAAUCGUAACUGAUGUAUGUGUUCUACCACAUGGAAGAGACUGGGAAAAGGUGAAAAUUAGGAUGUUAUUAACCAAAAUUGUUAGCAUUACUGAAGGCAGAUGUAUGUUCCUAUUGCUUAAAUGGUGGAUGAAGAAGCAGCGCACUGUAAGUUGUAAUGCAAGUGAUGCUCUAGAACCGCAGAGACUUGAAUAAGCAUAAUAAUUGAGCACAGUGGGGUUCUGGAAGUAAAAAUCCCAUUCAUUUUCUCCAUAAAGAAAUUUACUUUAACAAUAAUGUAUAAAUGUUUCAAGACAGACCUUCCAUUUUUUGACAUUUAAAUAGCCAAAUUUUGUGGUUUUAAUUUGCAAAUUCCUUACCAUGCAACAAAAAUAUGUAAAAAAAAAAAAAAAAAAAAAAGUGGAUGUAUUUGAAUGAACUUUAUACAUAGCAGUGAACCAUAUUGUAUUUUUCACUAUCAUUAUUGAUUUAUAGCCCAUAAUUUCAAACAUUACCAUUGUUUAUUAUUUAUUUACAUCAUUCACAAUGCUUCAUGGUAUGAGUAACUCAUUCUGUCAUAAAAUAAUGAAGUACGAAGUACUGUACUUUUGUUUCAUAUCCAUUUCAAAUAUUGUUUUGCCUUGGUUUGUAUUGUUGAUUGAAAUCUUAAAACUAUACUGAAGAAUUUUCUAGAAUGCCUAUGGAGAAAAUGAACGGGAAGAUAGUUCUGAAACCAAGGCUGCUGAAAAAAGUUGGCAGUCACAGUUGCACUCUGUAGAGUGAGUCUGAUAAAUGACAAUGUGAAAUGGACUGCACACAUGCCUCAAUUAUUAUUAUUAUUAUAUGAAAAAGGACCCCUUUUCCCAUGCAAGCUAAGAGUCAAAGGAGCAAAGAAAAUAUAUUUUGUUUGGGCCUGGGAUUUAAUAAGCUAGCUUGCAACUGUUCAGGAUUAACAUGCACCAUCUCUUUUGGUUAUUCGUUAUAUGAUUCAUUGUAAAUAUGAUUCUUAUAGUGACUUAAUCUAAAUUUCUUUGAACAAGAAGCUUUUGUUUGGCUUCAGAGCUAUUGCACAGGAUUCUGUGUAGUCGACAUGCAGUAUUACAUACAGUAUAUAAAAGUCAAAUAAUGAAGAAAUAGUGUAAACAUCACUGCAACCUAAAGGCAGAACUUUUACAUGUGCAUGAUAACCGUCUCAGUGUUCUUGUAUCUGUAUUUUUGUGUCUUGCCCUACUAUGUGUGAUCUUGAAAAGCUAUGGAAUGUAGAAGCUAUUAAAUAUUAUUUUGACCAAUAAAGGUUCAUUUCAG